AGUGGCACACAAACUCAGGCCAGAGCACCUCAAUCGCAUUGCUGCUGCUGCUGCUUCUUCUUCUUCUUCCUCUUCUUUUAAAGGAGCACUUGCUCCAAACUUUUCCAACUUUGUAUUAUUAUAAUUUAUUAAAUCAAAUUCAGUUUUCAAACAACACGUUUUUAAUUUAAUUUUUUUGUGGGGGAUAUUCGGCAGUUCUGGUCAUGGAUGGUUGCGAUUCAUCUGUGGGUCACUAGAAACUCCAUCAUCCAGUGGCGUAGAAUUACACACACCUCAGGGAGGAUGGGGUGCAGCUGCAGUUCGGAUUACUAUGACGAAGACUGGAUCGAGAACCUGGACGAGGUCUGCGAGCACUGCAACUGCCCGCUUCCGCCGCAGACCAGCAAUCAGUAUACCGACAGCCUGCUCCCACCAUACAACCCACAACAAACUCCUCCCACCUCCCCACUUCCUGAUAACCUGGUUGUAGCAGUAUACAGCUAUCAGCCAAACCACAGUGAUGACCUGGGCUUUGAGAAAGGCGACAAGCUCAAAAUUAUAAACACAGAUGACCCUGAAUGGUACCUGGCCGAGUCUCUGGCCACGGGGCAGAGGGGAUUCAUCCCUUUCAACUUCGUGGUCAGAAUGGAAGGCAUGGAUAAAGAACCGUGGUUUUUCAAGGACCUCUCCAGACUGGACGCGAUUCGGCUCCUCCUGGCCCCUGGAAACACGCAGGGCUCCUUCCUGAUCCGGGAGAGCGAAUCCACCAAAGGCUCCUACACCCUGUCCGUGAGAGACCUGGACAACAACGCCGGCGACACCGUGAAGCACUACAAGAUCCGCAACAUGGACAAGGGCGGCUACUACAUCACCGCCCGGAUUGCCUUCAGCUCCCUGUCCGAGCUGGUGAAGCAUUACUCGCGAGAGGCCGACGGCCUGUGCACCACCCUCAGCAAGCCCUGCCAGACGCGCAUGCCGCAGAAGCCCUGGUGGCAGGACGAGUGGGAGAUCCCCCGCGAGUCACUGAAGCUGGAGCGCAGGCUGGGGGCGGGGCAGUUUGGAGAGGUCUGGAUGGGCAUCUAUAACAACCACACCAAGGUGGCCAUCAAGAACCUGAAGGUGGGCAGCAUGUCCCCCAGCGCCUUCCUGGCCGAGGCCAACCUGAUGAAGAACCUGCAGCACCCGCGCCUGGUGCGCCUGUACGCCGUGGUCACGCAGGAGCCCAUCUACAUCGUCACCGAGUUCAUGACCAACGGGAGUUUGGUGGACUUUCUCAAGACGAGCAUGGGGGCCAGCCUGACCAUAAACACCCUGAUAGACAUGGCAUCUCAGGUGGCCGAGGGCAUGGCGUUCAUUGAGCAGAAGAACUACAUCCACCGGGACCUGCGGGCGGCCAACAUCCUGGUGUCUGAGGACCUCAUCUGCAAGAUUGCCGACUUUGGCCUCGCCCGCCUCAUCGAGGACAACGAGUACACGGCCAGAGAAGGUGCCAAAUUCCCCAUUAAAUGGACAGCCCCGGAGGCCAUAAACUACGGCACCUUCUCCAUCAAGUCGGACGUCUGGUCUUUCGGCAUCCUCCUGACGGAGACGGUGACCUACGGCCGAAUCCCCUACCCAGGGAUGACAAACCCAGAGGUGAUCCAGAACCUGGAGCGGGGGUACCGCAUGCCCAAGCCGGAGAACUGCCCGGACGAGCUGUACAGCAUCAUGAACCUGUGCUGGCAGGAGGCUCCCGAGAACAGGCCCACCUUCGAGUACCUGAGGAGCGUCCUGGAGGACUUCUUCACUGCCACAGAACAGCAGUACCAGACCCAGCCCUGCUGAUGGCUCAGAACCAGGGGAACUUUACACAAACACACACACACAUAUACACACCACAUACACACACAUACGCACAUACACACAU